UGGCAAGGUCUGGACCAAUGGUAACACUUGUCAAUCAAUUUCACGUGCCUAUAAAUGGUCAGGUCGUCUGCUGAAAUAUAAUGUAAGAAUUUGGCGGGAAGAUAAGAUUUAGUGCUAAGCGGUUUACUUUCUUUAAACUAGUAGAAUUAUCUAUUAGUGUGUAUGUGACUUUGUGUUCGUUUAUGUAAUUUGUCACGGAGCACAGCCACCAAAGAAACAUUUCAUCUUAAAUAUAAGAGUGUGUAGGUUCUAUAUUGUUCGUUGGGCAAGUAACAUCAAGAAAAAACAAUGCCUGUUCUAGAUAAAUUUAGUAAAACAUUUCGCCUCAGCAACGAGUUAAGUAAAGAAAUGCUGGCAGAAUUUUAUGGAACAUUUAUCUUAGUGUCAUUUGCCGUAGCUGCCAGUGCCCAAUAUGUUUUUACAGAUCUUAGUAGUUAUCUGACUGUAAAUUUUGCCAAUGGAAUGGGUCUAGUGUUAGCUAUUUAUGCUGCUGGAGGUGUUUCAGGUGCAUCUUUAAAUCCAGCUGCGAGUAUAGCGUUGUGUCUACAUGGUUUUAUUCCUUGGUAUAAAUAUCCCUUUUAUACUAUCGCUGAAAUAGCCGGAGCAUUUGCUGCCUCUGCUGUACAAUAUGGUAUUAAUUAUGACAUGCUAAAUGCAUAUGACGGUGGUAACAGAACUACAUAUGGUCCUACAGCUACUGCUGCCGUUUUCUCCACAUUUCCAAAUCCUGAGGUCUCUAAUUUAAACUGCUUCUUUGAUCAGGUUUUUGGUACCUUCGUAUUAGUCAUCUGUAUAUUUGCUAUACUUGAUAGCAGAAAUUCUAUGCCAAUUGAUAAAGGUUUAAUACCGUUAUCUAUGGGAGGAAUUGUGUUUGCUAUUGGUACAUGUUGGGCUGGUAACUGUGGUUAUGCUAUCAAUCCAGCUCGAGAUCUGGGUCCUCGGUUAUUUACGGCUGUUGCUGGGUGGGGACUAGAGCCUUUCAGUUAUCGUAAUUACGGAUGGUUCUGGAUUCCUAUUGUAGGACCAAUGGUUGGUGCUACUAUAGGUUAUUUCGUUUAUCAACUAUGUAUAGAAAUACACUGGACACCAGAACCAGAAUCCACAGACGUUGUUGUUUCAGCUAAUGGCACAAAAGAAAAACCAACUGAAUUAACAGGAGUAGAUAAUAUAGCAUUUAUAUCUUCUAAAGGAAGAAUAAGUGAAAUUCUGCGGUCAGAUAUAUAAUUAUGAUAAACUGUACAUACUCUGGGUUAGAUGUAGCAACUAAAUUGUGAUGGAAUUAAUUGAAAGACGAAGAAAAUUCAUCAUCAUUCCAACUGUAGGAAUAAUUGCCAAGCGCUUUCAAGCUAUGUUUUGAUGAUUGAGAUUGGUGCGGUCAUUGUUAUUAUUAUUUACUAACGAUUUGUGUAUCGCGAUUAGUUAAAGUGACUAUUUUACACAGAAGUGAAGACAACAGGGAUGUCGAGAUUUUGUCAGUCGGAAGUUACACUUUUUUAGAAGAAAAAUAUAACCUUUUUUAUUUUACUUACAUGUAGGAAUAGUAAAAAUUUUAGCAGGUGGCGAAACAAAAUAACGAUAUAGUUACAUCGAUAAUAUUCAGGUUCACUUUAUUGAGAAUUACUGUAAAUGUUUGACAUUGUCGUUACUAAUACAUACUAAGACAAUCUGACAGAGUGUCCGUCUGUCUAAAAAAACAAGAAUAAAACCAAACAGUAUGAGAGUGAAUGAUGUUGAUCUUGCGAACCCCUAUAUCACUUGAAAUUAGAUUUUUCGGAUGAACCCUAGUACAGCUUCAAGAUAUAUUUCUCUGGAGAUCAAUGGGUCAUCUAUUGAACCAUUAAAAAGUAUUUAUAUAUGUAAAAUGUAAACUGGAAAGUACAAUUGCACACAGACAUUUCCCAUGAUUGACACUCAAUUUGAUUCUAAAGAGUAUGUGUGCGCCUUUUCGGCCACACACAUCUGGUGUCGAAUACUCACAUCAAUAAGUGACGUGUCACCCUUAUUUAGAAUUUUUCCAUGAUUUUCAAACCGAUAGUUGCACAAUAAGUGCUUUGGAUGUGAAAAGAACAUAGCCAUAUAUUUUAUUUAAAGAACUGGAAUACCUUUCAUUGCGAACAAAUAUUGAAGAGAGUGUAGUCCCCGCGGAACAGAAUCACAUCUGACUGCAAUAUAACAGUAGUUUAUUAAUUACAUGACGUAUUGGGUUUUACGCCCCGUUUAUCAGAUGUGUCAAAAACUGAAUCUUAAUAUAUCAAUUAAAUAGUAAAAAUAUAUUUUAUAUCACAUUUUGGAACGUAUAUUAAUUUGUAUAACAUUGUAACAACACAUAUUUCUAUUUAUUUAUAUAAGUAAAAAAAUGCAUUUAUAGAAAUCAUAAUUGUACAUAAAGCAAGACGCUAUAUCAAUAUUUUAGAAACAUUCCAAAUCACCAAUAUUUAUUAUUAAUAUUAUUUUUAUAUUUGCAUUUUUUAUUAUUUUUUAUGAUCAAUGUAUAACAUGCAAUGGUCUAUAUAUAAUACAAAUUUUAUUAAUUGCCAACUAAUGCAUAAAAAUAAAACAUAAUACCAGAUUAUUUUUUUUUAUAUAAUUUGAAUAAAUUGAAUAUUUAUAAUAAAAUACUUAAGUUUUUUCUUUAA